AUGGAAUUGCCCCAAGUCCUAGCAAGAUGGCUUACCUCUUUUCUUAUCUCACGAGAUGGCCUCAAAUCAUAUGACUGCAAACUCAGUCAAACCCUUUGUGAAGUGGAGGGAAUGGCUGCCAUGGUGUUGAUACUAUGGGAAAUGAUGCACCAUGCUUGUCAUGCCUGGAGCGCCUAUGGGAAACCAGAUUUGGAGAUGAAUCCUUUAGCCUCGAGCUGGCAAACUGUAACUGAAAACGUGGGUGUUUCCGCCUUGCACAUGCAGUUGAUGACAAACAACAGGGUUGUCUGGUAUGACGCCAUUAAUCUUGGUCGCUCCGCACUGAUGCAGAAUCCUAAGUGGUGCAGAAAAGAUGAUAAGGGCCGUGAAGACUGCUGGGCUCAUGGCGUUACCUAUGAUCUCGACACCGCUAAAGUUGUCAAGACACUCAAGGCUUACGACAAAGGUUUUCGAGGAAUUAGAAUCCUGGAACCCUGCGAUUUAUGCGAUUUCAAGGAAGAUGUUGGACUUUCUGCAAACAGAUGGUAUGCUUCUCAACAAGUCUUGGAAAAUGGUGAUUUUAUCGUGGUGGGAGGAAGAAAAUCUCACAACUAUGAAAUUGUCCCGCCAGAUCAGCUUAAAUUCCCGAACAAACAAUUUCCGCUUCGGCUGCUCGAGGAAACCACCGACGGCUUUCUAGAGAAUAAUUUGUAUCCAUUUGUGUACCUCCUCCCCGACGGCAAUGUCUUCCUCUUCGCCAACGAUCGCUCCAUUAUUUUCAACCCUAGAACUGGAAAGACGAUUCGGGAGCUUCCUAAGCUGCCAGGGGGGUCCCGGAACUACCCGGCCUCGGGGCAAUCCGCGCUUCUUCCUCUCAAACUCACCAAAGCGAAUGAUUUUGUGAAGGCGGAGGUUUUGGUUUGCGGCGGCAAUACACACGAAGCCUUCAAGGUCACGGAGCAUCCGCCGAGGCAAUUUCCGCCGGCGUUAAAGGAUUGCGGCAGGAUUGUUGCGAAUCAGGAAGGGGCCAAGUGGGAAAUUGAGGAGAUGCCGUCGGGGAGGUUAUGGGAGAUAUGUUGAUUCUCCCCGAUGGGAAUGUCCUCAUAAUUAAUGGCGCGAAAACCGGGACCUCUGGUUGGGACGGGGCGGAGGAACCAAAUUUCACUCCGGUGCUUUACAGCCCGGAUAAACCGAAAGGGAAAGGUUUACUGAGUUGACACCAACAAAAAUUGCCAGAAUGUACCAUUCCACUUCUGCGGUUUUGCCCGACGCUAAGAUCUUAGUAGCGGAAGUAACACCCACGAUUCCUACGAUAUGAAAGCCAAAUACCCAACCGACAUGCGCGUCGAGAAAUUCUCGCCGCCGUACUUAGCCCCCGCACUGCAAAAGUUUCGGCCGCAGAUCGUGGAGAAGCUUUCCCAAACGGAAUUGGUUUAUGGAAAGAAUUUCAAUAUCCAUUUCAAGCUAGAUGAUGCGGCGGACAUGUCUAGUAUUAAGGUUACCAUGUAUCCGCCGCCUUUCACCACUCACGGGUACUCUGAGGGCCAAAGGAUGCUGA